AUAAGAACCUUUAAUCGUUACUAUCGACAUAAAUAGGGAAAAUUGUACGGGACAAGAAGCAUGGCUGACGAUAGGAAGGAUGAAGCUAAGGCACCGCACUGGACCUCAAGUCAGAUAGCAGAGGCUUCUUCACACUCACAUUCUCCGGAGAUCAAGGAGCAAAGCAGCACAGGUGAAGGACUGGUCAGAAGUGCCAAUGGAUUUCCAUACAGAGAGGAUGAAGAUGGAGGAUAUGGUGCACGUGGGCAGCAAAGCUCUUAUUCUAGGACCAAGGAGAACGGGAUCAAUGGAGAACUUGCUACAGGAGAGAAAGAAACUGCAGAAGAAGUAUCUGCAAGGAUAGUCCAAGUAGUAACAGCUGAAGCUGUGGCAGUCCUAAAAGGUGAACAGGAAAAAGAAGCCCAGCCCAAAGGUCAGCCAGCGCCAUUACCUUUAGCAGUUGAAGAGACAGCUAACCUGCCUCCUUCCCCACCCCCAUCACCUGCUUCAGAGCAGACUGGAACAUUGGAAGAAGGUAAGAAUUCCCUUGGGCACUGCAGGGUCCAUCUGUGUUGCCUUAUUUUUCCAUCCUUUCCCCCUCCCUCCUGCUCCCCCAAAGAAGAGGAAGAAGAAGAAGAAGAAGAAACAGUUAAAGGUGCAGAGGCUGACGAACCCAGACCUGCUGUUCCCCUUGGUGAGGAAUGUGAGAAAACGAGUGGUCCAGCUGAGCCUUUGCAACAAGCAGAGGGUUUCAGGGAGGCCCAGCAGGACUCCAUUCCUGAAGACCAAAUGGCUCGUAAUGGGGAGAAUGUAACCAUAGUCAAGGAGGAACCCUUGAAAGCCAAACUGUCUUCCUCUGGUGAGGAAGCCUCGAAGAUGGAAAUCCAUGCCCAGGAAGGUACAGGCCUUUUCGCAGCUGAGCCAUUAGGCACAAAGGAAUCAGAGAAAGGAAGUAAGACUAAUGAGCCACCUAUACACGCUGCCUUAGUUCCACAGCCAGCAAAAACAGAGACUAUAGAAACCACAGAAUUACCGAGCAAAGGAGAAGAGAAGACAUUUCCAUCUUUGUUGGGACAGACUUUGGGUGCAAGUCCACAAAAGAAAGAAGACAGGAGCUCUGUGAAAAUGGAUAUUGAUCCUACUGGAGAGGGUAGUCUACAUCAAGAACCAAAAGAUUUGUCAGCACAAUUGUACAAGGAAAGAAAAGUAGAUGAAAGGGCCUCAGAGGCCCAGAAACCUGAUGACCAAGUCAGUAUUAAAAAAAGUGACUUUAGCUCACCUGAAAGCAUAGGUUCUUCCUCACCUUCAGAAUUUACAGUGGACAUAACAGGCCAAGUUAAAAGUGCCCUUUCUUCUGAAACUUUACCAGCUGUUCUGCAUAGAUAUGAGCCAGAAGAUAGUGACAAAAUGAUGCAAAUGUCUACUACUAAAGAGAUUGCCAAAGACUUUUCAAAAGAAAUGGACAAAGAACAAAUUAAAAAACAGGAAGAAGAACUUGCAAUGGUCACAACUCCUGCCUCACAACCAAUUACAGAGCAAACACCCCAACAGAAUGUUCCUGUUUGGGAAGAAGAGAAAGAUAUGACAGAAGAUGAAAGUGAUGAAGAGAGGUACUCUGUUUCCAGUGGACAAAAGUCCAGAGCAUUAGAUGAUGAUUUUUUUGCAGCUCAUGACCAACAAACAACUGUUUUGGAUAAAGAAGUAAUGGGGAAAGAAACUGAUCCUAAAAAAAUACUUGAUACUCUCAAAGCAGAACAACAGUUGGAGAUAACUAGAGAUUCAACAACCCAAGAUAUUAAAAAAGAGGGAAAACACAGCACUGAAACCUUCACAGAAAGAUUCAGCCAAGAAUUAUUUCCUGAAAAAGUUGAAGAGCCUUUAGAUAAAGUUACAUUGUCUGAAACACUAGAGAAAACCCCUCCUGAACCAAGUCAAGAAUCUCUGCAAGGAAAAGAUUCUGGAAAGGAUGGGAAAGGGGAAAUGUUUUCAGUUGCAGAUUCAGAAACUCACAAAAUGCAAAUAGAAGAGGAUAAAUCAGGAAUGUCUACAUACUUCGAAACUUCCACUCUUAAAGAUGAAGCUCUCAAGAGUGACGUGCUAAAGCAAGGCAAUGAUUAUUAUGAACUGAGUGAUACUAAAGAACAGACCUACGACCCUUACCAUAAAGAUUUCCUUGUAUCUAAGAAAGACACCGAGGAAUAUCAGCAAGAGGCAUACCAACACCCCAGGUUACCUGCUCAUGAAGUAGGAUAUAGUACUCUUGCUCAAGGCUUCCCCAAAAAUGAACCCAAGGAACCUAGGUCUCCUACAGAAAGAAUGUACACCAUUGACCCAAAUGUAUAUGGGGAUAAGAGAGAACUCCAUAGUAAAAACAAAGAUGACUUAACUCUAAGCAGGAGCUUGGGGCUUGGUGGAAGGUCUGCCAUAGAGCAGAGGAGUAUGUCCAUUAACCUACCAAUGUCCUGCUUGGACUCUAUAGCCCUGGGGUUUAACUUUGGACAUACACAUGACCUUUCACCUCUAGGUUCAGAUAUUAUGGAUAAUGCUAGUGAGGAUGAAGGUGAUGAUUACUUGCCAGCCACCACCCCAGCAGUAGAAAAAGCACCCUCUUUCCCAACGGAGAGCAGAGAAGAAGAAGAACAAGAGGAGGAGGAGGAAGAAAUGGAGGAGUCAAAACUAAAAGAAGGGGGGGAGAUCCAGGUUGAGCCGUUGUGUGAGUCACCCUUUCUGGCUAAAGAUUAUUACAAAAAUGGGACUGUAAUGGCUCCGGACUUACCUGAAAUGCUAGACUUAGCUGGCACAAGAUCAAGGCUGGCAUCUGUGAGUACAGAUGCUGAGGCAGCACAAAGGAAGUCCAUUCCUUCAGAGGCCGUUGUAGAGGAUAGCAGUGCAACACAGCUCCUUAUGGCUGAUGAAAACCACAUGACUCUAAAAGCAGACAGUCAGCUAGAAGAUUUAGGUUACUGUGUUUUCAAUAAGUACACAGUGCCCAUGCCAUCUCCAGUCCAGGACAGUGAAAAUCUGACAGGAGAAAGCUGCCCUUUUGAUGAAAAAAUUAGAAGAGGUAUAGUUACAGACCUCUCAUUAAUAGAAGUGAAGUUGGCAGCAGCUGAGAGAUCCAAAGAAGAAAAAGAUGUCUCUGUUGACUCAGCCAUUUUGAGCAAGGACUUUGAACAGGAAAGAAAAGCUAUUGAUAAACUAGAUACUGUAUUAGAAAAAAGUGAGGAACACACUGAUUCUAAAGAAGGCUAUCCUACUGAGGACACUGAACAUGAAAAUAUAAAGCUUGAUUCAGCUUUAGAAACUGCAGAUGAUAAAAAUCUAGUUGGUCUGGAAAAGAAAGUUUCUUCAUUAACAGAGAAAGAGGAAGAUGUCAUCCAUGUUGCUGCAGAGGUAGGCAAGGCAGAAAUCUCCUGUAAACCAGAUUACGAUGCCAUAAAGCAUGAUAUGGAUUCUGCUGCUCGGCAAGUUGAGCAGGAAUACCAGAGUAAGUUGGGAGUUCCUACCACUGAACUUGUUUCAGAGCAGAGCUCAGAGGAUCAAGAAAAGACUGUCUCCACAUUGUCCCAAGAACCAAUCGCAAAAGCAGAACCCAGCCAUGUGAAAGAUGCCACCAAACUGUCUGAAGCAGAAGUUAAGGAAAAAGGGCCUAAGCCUGACCUGGUGCAUCAAGAAGCAGUAGAUAAAGAAGAAUCUUAUGAGUCAAGUGGAGAUAAUGACCAAGUGCAAGAGGGCUUGCCUGGAGAAACUUCAAAGCUAUAUGACGUCAAAAGAGAACAAGAAAGCCCAUGUCUAUCGGAAGAGGAGGCCACAUCACAAGUGCUAAGAGAACAACCAGUGACACAUGUAUCUAAAACUACACAAGAACAAACAACUGAAAUUCAAAUGGAGAACAUACCACAGCCUAAGGAAGAUGAGUUAGCGGACUCUGUGAAAACUGAGGAUUUGCCAUGUAAAUUAAAACAUGAGACAGUAACCAGAGAAGUGGAAGGAGAAAAACAAGAGAAAGAGAUUAAACAAGCAGAAGAACAAAAAGAAGAGGUUAAGCAAGCAGAAAAACAAGAGGAAGAGAUUAAAGAAGCAGAAGAACACAAGGAAGAGAUUAUAGCAGAAGUAAAACAUGUGGAAGAGAGUAAAAUAGAAGAAAAACACCUGGAAGAGAGUACGCAAGAAGAAGAACAUGAGGAAGAGAGUAAGCAAGAAAAAGAACACGAGAAGGAGAGUAAGCAAGAAGAACAAAAGGAAGAGAGUAAGGAGGAAGAGGAGGAGGAGAUUAAUCAAGAGGAAAAGAUUAGGCAAGAAGAAGAAAGUAGACAAGAAGAGGAGGAGAGAAGGCAAACAAGCCCAGAAAGAGGUGUGGAGGAACCUAGGGAAGCAGAGGAGGAGGAGGAGGUGUGUAAAGCUGUCUCUGGUGAAAUGCCUGAACUGAAAGGAGUCAUAGAGUCUGUUGUUACAAUUGAGGAUGAUUUCAUCACAAUAGUGCAGACAACAGUAGAUGAGGGAGAAACAGGCUCCCAUAGUGUGCGCUUUGCUGAAGCACCACAGGCUGAUACAGGGGAAGAAGGUUUCCAUCCUGAAGAGGAGGUGGAGGUGGAGGUGGAGGAGGUAGCUGACAUUGAAACAGAGAUGAAAGAAGGCUCUCUAGAAGCUCCUGGCUCACCUGAACGGGAAGAAAUGCCAUUAACUGAUUACAAGACAGAGACGUAUGAUGAUUAUAAAGAUGAAACCACCAUUGAUGACUCCAUCCUAGACACCGACAGCAUAUGGGUGGAUACUCAAGAUGAUGAUAGGAGCAUCAUGACAGAACAGUUAGAGACUGUUCCUAAAGAGGAGAAGGCAGACAGAGAAUUGCGGAGACCGUCCCUUGAUAAGCAUAAAAAAGAGAGACCUUUAAAAACUGGGAGAGGCAGGAUUUCUACUCCUGAAAGAAAAAUAGCUAAAAAGGAACCUAGCACAGUCUCCAGAGAUGAAGUGAGAAGGAAAAAAGCUGUUUAUAAGAAAGCUGAACUUGCUAAAAAAGCUGAAGUUCAGACUCACUCUCCCUCCAGGAAAAUCAUUUUAAAACCUGCUAUCAAACAUACUAGACCAACUCAUCUCUCCUGUGUUAAGCGGAAGCAGACAGCUGGUGGUGGUGAAACAAACCAGACGCCUGGGGUGUUUAAGCAAGCAAAGGAAAAACUUUCUGAUGGAGUAACCAAGAGUCCAGAAAAGCGUUCCUCUUUACCAAGACCUUCUUCUAUUCUACCCACCCGGAGGGGCAUCUCAGCGGACAGAGAACGAGACGAGAAUUCUUUCUCCUUGAACAGCACUGCCCUGUCAGUACGACGGACUACUAGAUCAGAGCCCAUUCGGAGCCGGACAGGAAAGAGUGGCACAUCAACCCCAACUACUCCAGGAUCCACCGCCAUCACUCCUGGGACCCCACCUAGCUAUUCGUCUCGUACUCCAGGCACUCCUGGGACCCCUAGCUAUUCCAGAACCCCUCACACACCUGGUACUCCCAAAUCUGGUAUUCUGGUGCCCACUGAGAAGAAAGUCGCUAUCAUACGCACACCUCCGAAAUCUCCAGGCACCCCUAAGCAACUACGGCUCAUUAAUCAGCCUCUGCCCGAUCUCAAGAACAUCAGGUCCAAAAUUGGAUCAACGGACAACAUCAGAUAUCAGCCUAAAGGGGGACAGGUUCAAAUCGUAACCAAGAAGAUAGACUUGAGUCAUGUGACUUCCAAAUGUGGCUCACUGAAGAAUAUUCGUCAUAGGCCAGGUGGGGGACGAGUGAAAAUUGAGAGUGUGAGACUGGAUUUUAAAGAAAAGGCCCAUGCCAAGGUUGGUUCACUUGACAAUGCUCACCAUGUACCUGGAGGAGGUAACAUUAAGAUUGACAGCCAGAAGCUAAAUUUCCGAGAGCAUGCUAAGGCCCGUGUGGACCAUGGAGCUGAGAUCAUCACACAGUCACCAGGCAGAUCCAGCGUGGCUUCCCCAAGGAGGCUCAGCAAUGUCUCAUCCUCUGGCAGCAUCAACCUGCUUGAAUCUCCUCAGCUUGCUACCCUCGCUGAAGACGUCACUGCAGCCCUAGCUAAACAGGGCUUAUGAAUUUGCUUCGUUUAGCAGUGUUUGAAGUAAUAAUAUUUAGGCAUGAGCUCUUGCCAGGAAUGGGCUCUGAGCAGGUGUUAACAUUCAUUCUUUACCAUGUCUAAAAUUAAGUCACAUCCCAAGACUGUAGUAACCAUAAAAUAAAAACUGGGGAAAAGAUAUAUAUAGAUGCAGAAAUUGGCCUGAUUUCCAUUUACAGCAGGAAGACACUGGCUUUUAUGUGGGUACAAUUGCAGUAUAUUACAUUGGACAAUUAUUGUUGCUCCGCUCUGUCUUGCAUGGAGUACUGUACUAUGAUACAAUGCAUUUUUACCUUUCAUGUGCCUGAAGGCCAUCCACCACUUUUUGAAGAGCCUUGUUAAAUACCUUGAGUUGCUCAUUUUACUGUUUUGUUGAUGGAUGGAAUUAAGGGACAUCUCCCACUGUAAUUUAUAAACAGGUUAAAUUAAACAGGAGAGUCUGUGUACCAGACAGAAGGGCAAAUAAAAAUGUCAAAGCUCCGGAAGUGGUUAUGUGGGGUGGGGUUAUUUUAUAUAAAUGGGUAGAAGAAAGAGUCAAUUAAGUUAUUAAUGUUGUUGAACUUGGAUAAUUAUGUCAGUGUAUAGCUGAUUCCAAUAAAUUAUUUAACUAAUAAUUAAAGAAAGUAGUCGGGGAGAAAAAUCAUAUGAACUGUAUUGGGGAAGUGGCAUUUUUCUUUUUUUGAAAGCAGCUACUGAAACUAAGCAAUGGAAUUGUGUCUGAUUAGAAUGUUGGUUAAGCAGCUAGGUUCGUGUCUACACUACUGGUUUCACAUCCUUUUCAUCUGUUUGAUACAGUAUUAUUAUAGAUAUAUAUUUCUCUGUGACCAUUUGUGAUACGCCCUCUCAUAUUUGAAUAUUCUACUUUAUUCACAGUAUCUGUGUCUCUUGCACCCUUUGGUGUUGCAAUUUUAGGUAUGUAAAAGUAGAUGUUAGCAGGGUUUUUAUUUCCCUAUUCUGACUUUAAAAAAGACAAAAAAGGCAAAGAACUUUUAGCAUGAAAUUGCUUUCUGUGACAUCUCAAAACUGUUACCCUGUUUUAGUGCCAGAUGCAAGUCUGUUCUGUGAUAUUAGAAGAAAAAAAU